AUAAAUUCGUGCGGGUGGCCAAGCUCCUGAAAAUUGUUUGUUUUUGUCUUCGCUUUUACUUUUACUUUCGCUCUAUCUUUGACGCUUGCUUAUUUCUUUCAAUUGAUCGACUGUUUCUGGGCAAAACAGCACGCGUUCUCACACUAACUUUGCACACAUCCAUUAUAUACACGUACAUAUAACACAAUAUGGCCGAGCGUAUCUCAAGGGCAUUCGCCACGGCGGCACAAGAAGGCCGGCCGACGUUCGUUGCAUACUUCACGGCCGGGUUCCCGACGCCCGACCAGACGGUCGAUAUCUUGCUCGAGCUGGAGAAGGGUGGAGUCGAUGUGAUUGAGAUGGGUGUCCCAUUCACUGAUCCGCUUGCCGACGGGCCAACAGUCCAAGCGGCGCACAUGGCGGCGCUGGAGCAUGGCACCGAUAUCGACAUGUGCCUGGAUAUGGUCUCGCAGGCGCGCGCGCGCGGUCUGGCUGUGCCCGUGCUGUUUAUGGGAUACUACAACCCGAUCAUGCAGUAUGGCGAGCAGCGCAUCAUCGAGAAGUGCGCGCAGGCUGGCGUCGACGGGUACAUUGUCGUCGAUCUGCCGCCAGAGGAGGCGCAGUCGUUCCGCGCGCUGUGCGCUGGUGCUGGGCUCAGCUACAUCCCACUGAUCACGCCGUCGACAUCCGACGCGCGCGUCCAGCGGCUGGUGGCUAUUGCUGACUCGUUCAUCUACGUCGUGUCGCGGUCCGGCGUCACUGGCGCUCGCGCGUCGAUGGACUCAGGCCUGCCAACGCUGCUAGCACGCAUUCAGAAGCACACGACGUUGCCACUGGCCGUCGGCUUUGGUGUCAGCACGCACGAGCACUUUACCGACGUCGGUGCUAUGGCUGAGGGCGUCGUCAUCGGCAGCCAGUUAAUCACGACCAUGCGCACGGCCGCGCCGGGCACCGCCGCCCAGGCCGCGCGCGCCUACGCCGAGACUGUAUCGGGGCGCAGCGGCAGCGGCACGACUCUGCGCGCGCAGCCGCUGGGCGCUCGCGUUGUGCAGCCCGCGCAGGCAUCGAGCAACACCAGCAGCCUGACGCUACUGCCCGACCGCUUCGGCGACUUUGGCGGUCAGUACAUCCCCGAGGCGCUGCACGACUGCAUGGCCGAGCUGGAGCAGGCGUAUGUGCAGUGCAAGAACGACCCGGCAUUCUGGGAGGAGGUGCGCAGCUUCUACUCAUUCAUGGGCCGCCCCAGCCCACUGCACGCGGCAGAGCGACUGACGGCCGCAUGGGGCGGCGCGCGCAUCUUUCUCAAGCGUGAGGAUUUGUGCCACACCGGUUCGCACAAGCUCAACAACGCCAUCGGCCAGGCGCUAGUGGCCAAGCGCCUAGGCAAGACGCGUAUCAUUGCUGAGACUGGCGCCGGCCAGCACGGCGUCGCGACUGCUACGAUCUGCGCCAAGCUCGGGCUCAAGUGCAUUAUCUACAUGGGCUCGGAGGACAUGCGGCGCCAGGCGCUCAACGUCUUCCGCAUUCGCCUGCUCGGCGCUGAUGUUAUCCCGGCAACCACCGGCUCGUGCACGCUUAAGGAUGCUGUUAACGACGCUAUGCGCGACUGGGUUACCAACGUCGCAGACACGCACUACCUUGUUGGGUCGGCCAUCGGCUGCCAUCCGUUCCCAACCAUGGUGCGCGACUUCCAGUGCGUCAUCGGCAACGAGACCAAGGAGCAGAUGCACGCGCUUACCGGACGCCUGCCCGACGCCGUGGUUGCCUGCGUUGGCGGCGGCAGCAACGCCAUCGGCAUGUUCCAUCCGUUCAUCGCCGAAGCCAGCGUGCGUCUGAUUGGCGCUGAGGCCGCUGGUGAUGGCCUCGACACCAACAAGCACUCUGCGACCAUGUCGCGCGGCACCCCGGGUGUCUUCCACGGUGCCAAGACUUACCUGCUCCAAGACGCCAAGGGUCAGAUUAUUGAGACUCACUCCGUGUCAGCCGGUCUCGACUAUCCGGGUGUCGGCCCGGAGCACUCGUGGCUCAAUGCCACUGGUCGUGCCGAGUACCACGCUGUGUCAGACGUGCAAGCGCUCGAGGGCUUCCGCUGCUUAACGCAGCUCGAGGGCAUUAUCCCCGCCCUGGAGUCGUCGCAUGCCGUCUACCAGGCCAUGCUCACCGCCAAGAAGAUGUCCCCCGACCAGCACCUUGUUAUCUGCAUCAGUGGCCGCGGCGAUAAGGACGUCAACACUGUUGCCGAGGUCCUGCCCAAGAUCGGCCCCCAGAUCGGCUGGGACCUGCGCUUUGAGGAGGACCCAACCAAGAUUGCGCGCCGCGAGCGCAAGUAGUUGAUCAGUGAUUGGUGAUCGAUGAUCCUGAACGCCGCCUCCCGAUCAAUCGCUCGCAUACUGCCAUAAUAUGCGCCGCCCGGCUAUCUCCAUCUCCGCCCGUUCAUCGCGCAAUUUUGAGUAUCCACCCAAUCCGCCCUCCAAUGUGUUUACUUUGUCGCUCUUAUACAUUAGCAUC